AAUUUAGAUUUUGAAAAGCGAUUGAUGGAAUGCAAUCGGCUCAAGGUGUAUCGUUUUUUGGCUCUUGCCAUAGGCUCAAUUUCUUUCUGUUCAAUGUUCUCUAGCUGCAUUAGUUUACCAUUGCUUCUUUUCUUCGUCGACCGUGCACAGAAUACAGUCAUAAUCGAUAUAUCUAAAUGCAAAUCAGCUACGAGGCAGCUUAUAAUGGAUAUUGCUGCAAUCAAGUCUAAUUCACCAAGUGAGCAUAUUUUGAGUUUUCGACGUCCCCGAUACUCCGAUGAAGGCAAGGUUCUACCGAUAACAACGAAAUGCGGUAACUGCUGUGUACCCGGACCACAGGGGCCGCCCGGUGCUCCAGGAAGGCCCGGACGACCAGGAAAACCCGGUGCUAAUGGCGUCAACGGCGAUCCUGGCCGAGUGCUUAUGGCUCCCUUUCUUUAUGUGACCUCAGACUUCUGCCUCAAGUGUAGUUCUGGACCACCUGGUGAGAAAGGGCCGCCCGGACCUCCCGGUGAUCCUGGAAAUCCAGGAAAACGCGGUAGACGAGGCAACAGAGGUAAGCAUGGGCUGAGAGGUGCGAAAGGCGUGUCAGGGAUUUCCGGAGGACGAGGCAAGCCUGGCAUAAAAGGAUCCGCAGGUAUAUCGUGUAAUGGACAAAUGCAAUUUGGGCCUCCAGGAGAAGCAGGAAAGCCUGGGCCAAGAGGGGCACAAGGACCGCCUGGAAAAGCGGGCAUGGACGGAGAUAUAGGUGGUGAUGCUGGUCCUAAAGGUCUUCCCGGAAGAGAUGGAAGACCGGGAUCUCCGGGUAGACCAGGACUUCCAGGACUGCCAGGAAAGGAAGGCAAACCAGGCGAAAAAGGUAUCUGCCCAAAAUAUUGCGCCCUAGACGGUGGCGUAUUUUUCGAAGAUGGAGAGCUCCAACGAUGA